AUGGUGCUCUCAGAUUACACCUAUGUUUUCGCCAUUGGCACCAUGUUUGCCCUUCUGGAGGCCUUCAACAACGGAGCCAACGAUGUUGCCAAUUCCUGGGCAACGAGUGUCUCCUCCAGAUCGUUGAAUUACCGUGCGGCCAUGGUCUGCGCUUUUGUCUUCGAAAUGAUCGGUGCUUUGACUGUCGGUGCCCGAACAGCCUCGACGAUCAAGAACGGAAUCAUCUCUCCAGAAGCCUUCCAAGGAAACGCGGGGGUGCAGUUGUUGGCCUUCGCAUGUGCUGCCGCCGGCGCUGGUACCUGGGUCAUGUGGUGCAGCAUGAACAACAUCCACGUUUCAUCCACCUACUCGCUUAUCUCUGCCCUCGUUGGUGUGGGAAUAGCGACUGUUGGCACUGGAGGCGUCACUUGGGGCUGGAAUGGCGGCCAGGGUGUGGGCGCCAUCUUCGCUGGCCUGCUCAUGGCCCCUUUCAUCGCCGGGUGCUUUGGAGCUAUUAUUUUCAUGCUCAUCAAGCUCCUCGUCCAUGUGCGCAAAAACCCUCUUCCCUGGGCCGUCUGGACCUCUCCGUUCUUCUUCCUCAUUGCGGGAACAGUCUGUACCUUAUCAAUUGUGUACAAGGGCUCUCCAAGGCUGGGACUCACCAAAAAGCCAGCCUACUGGAUUGCAGGUGUUACCGUUGGUUCUGGUUUUGCCCUCUGUCUGCUGUCCGUCAUCUUUUUCCUGCCAUUUGUUCACGCAAAGGUUAUCAAGAAUGUUCAAGAGUUGAGAUGGUGGGAAGCGGUCAAGGGCCCGCUGCUGUGGAAACUCCCUUACAACAAAGAUGCAUCAGCGAGAGUGCCCAACUUCGAGGUCAUUCAGUAUCCCGAUGAGAGUGACGCAGAUUCCACCGAUGCGAUCAAGAAGGACGUCAGCCAACCUACCGACGCCGGGAAUCCCUCCGAGAAGAACACCCAUACCGAGCCUAGCACCACCAACAUCCCCGAGCCUCACUCACUUCAACAAGAGAUGGAUUCAUCCGAUUACAAGAAGAUGAUGUUGUUGGCUCGCGCGCGACAUCACGCAAACAUCCGGAGGAAGAAGAACCCCCUUGGCUGGGCUAUGCGCUACCUCCACGAGAAUCGCAUGGGUGCUGGUUCUUUGUACGAGACCCACAACAUGAUCACGGCAAUUAAAAGGAUUCCUGCGAUGAUUGUAGUGGCACUCCUUUACGGCACUCACUACGACAUCCACACUGCUCAGAUCGGCCUUGAAGGAACUCCCGAGGGAAAGCGUAUGGCACGCACAUAUGCGCAUGCAACCAAGUACUCCAACGAGGUUGAGUACUUGUAUUCCUUUGUCCAGAUCAUCACCGCCUGUACUGCCUCAUUCGCUCACGGUGCCAACGAUGUAGGCAACGCUGUGGGUGUCUGGGCCGGCAUGUACGCCGCCUGGACCACUGGGAGACCUGCUGCUUCAAAGGAAGAGGUUCCCUUGUGGCAGAUCGCUGUCAUUACCCUGACCCUCUGUAUCGGCUUCAUGACUUACGGAUACAACAUCAUGAAGGUUAUGGGCAACAAAAUCACCUACCAUUCGCCAAGCCGUGGCUCAUCCAUGGAAAUGGGUGCCGCCAUCACUGUGUUGAUCUUCUCGCAAUACAAGUUGCCAGUUUCCACAUCCAUGUGUAUCACUGGUGCCACCGUCGGUGUCGGUCUUUGCAACGGAAGCUUCAGGGCGGUCAACUGGCAGCGAGUUUUCCUGCUUCUGAUAUCUUGGUUCAUUACCAUUCCUGCUGCUGGACUGCUCGCUGGCUGUACCAUGGGAUUGGCCUUGAACACCCCUCACUUCUAG